UUACAUCGAACUAUGCUGUUUUGAAUGUGUCGAAACGAAAUUCAGACGAGAGUUGGUGACAUCGUUCAGCGACACGUCAACCACACGGAAGAAGGUCUGUCCAACCUGCCACCGUUUUGCAGAUACAGGCACCUUAGUCUUAUCGAAAUGGGUGGGUUCUUCUCUAGUAUCUUCUCAGGCCUGUUUGGCACCAGGGAGAUGAGGAUUUUGAUCCUGGGUUUGGACGGUGCUGGAAAAACCACCAUUCUGUACCGGUUACAGGUUGGAGAGGUGGUCACAACUAUCCCCACAAUCGGCUUUAACGUGGAAACGGUCACAUACAAGAAUCUGAAGUUCCAGGUGUGGGAUCUGGGAGGACAGACGAGUAUCAGGCCCUACUGGCGGUGUUAUUACUCAAACACAGAUGCAGUCAUCUACGUUGUUGACAGCAGUGAUCGUGACAGGAUGGGCAUCUCGAAGUCGGAGCUGGUGGCCAUGUUGGAGGAGGAGGAGCUGAAGAAAGCUAUCCUGGUGGUAUUUGCAAACAAGCAGGACAUGGACCAGGCAAUGACGCCCACAGAGGUGGCCAACGCUCUGGGCCUUCCUGCCCUCAAAGACAGAAAAUGGCAGAUCUUCAAGACCUCGGCCACAAAGGGCACAGGCCUGGAUGAGGCAAUGGAAUGGCUGGUGGAUUCCCUGAAGAGUCGACAGUAAAGACUCCCACCUGUUCUGUAUAUAAAUCUGACCUUUGACCCUUCUGUAUGAAGCCUUGUGACUGACCCCUCCCCACAUCCCACUGGACCAGUGAUUGCACUCCUCCCCCAUCCCCAACCCACCUAAAGCCUUGGCCAAGCCCUCCCAAUGCCUUUCAUGCCUGGAACUUAGAAGCAAAGGCUGCAGUAAUGUCUGGACUGGGCACAGACACACCAAACCCCAUCUCUCCCAGUGCUGCUGGCUCAACUGAAGGUUUUACAGAGCUGUAGGACUUCAAGUUAGUAUCUACAUUUCUGUGUGAUCUGGAAAUGCGAGAAAAAAAAAACACUUAACGGACAUGUUAACUGUUGGCUAAUUUUCAGAAUCCAUUCAAAAUAGUGUCAAGGCUCAAAUGAGUCAGUAUGGAUUAAGCCAGUCCACUCUGAUCCUCUGUAGCAUUUCUGAAAUCAGGUGUCUUCACUGGACAAUGUUAGCUUCAUCUUCUCCCGGAGGGGUUAAGUCAUUUGCAUGUAGUGAAGCUAGAAGAUCAUCAGCAGUUGAUGGGCACUGUCAACAAAAAGAUGUCAUGAAGAUGCCUCCACUAGGAGGCAGCAUUUUCCCAUCAGAUCACAAUCACCAGAGGUUCGACCACACAAACCUUGCUCCCGUUCCAGACCUGAGCAACCACAGACGAGGACGCAUCAAUGGGGAGAAGACGACAUUAUGGAAUCUUCCAUACUUCACGUCUGGGUAAACAGUCUGCUGGCUUGUGUGAAAUGUCCUCAUUCACUUUGGUCUCAAACGGUGAAAAAAAAAAAAUGUACUCCACAUCUACUGUAUGUCCUCUGGCCAAGUGUUACUGCAGCCUGGGUUGUUUUUGUACUAUAUCAUAAGGCACAUGCAAUGUCACAGAUUUCUAUUGGGUUUUUUUUGGUUUGUUUUUCCUGCUGUUCUUUUGUGUUCCCAUUUUUUUAAAAAUAAAUUAGUAGUUAGACCCCUUUUCCAUUGGAAUCCUUAAGUCAAGCUUUGGCAUAUUGUUAAUUUAGUUACUGAACACUAAUCUGUAUGCUCAAAGUUUUAUGGCUGCAUAUUUAUAUCUGCUUGUACAGUGAAAAUGAUUCUCAGUAAAGAUUGCUCUGAGUGAUUGUA